GCUGUAUUCGGCAAUCACAUAUCCGCAAAGGUACCAUUGAACGGUCAGGCGAAUUACAUAUAAGGCUUUGAAACACUUCCUAAAACAAUGGGGCCUGCCGAUCUGGGGCAGGUCUCCUGAGCUCUGUCGCGGACAGCACGAAGCGGCAUAAGGACGACAUUACACCUUCGGACUCUCAAACCAGACAGCUCUGUGCAGCACCAGUUGAGCCUCUAAUUAUACUCACCUAACUCGCCUGGUGGCUUUGGCCCGGCGCUGAGUCGAAGCUCUUAGCUCCGACGUACUGAAAGCAGCGGCCAGGCACAGGCAGAGGCGUCGCUGGGGCUUACCGAGCGACACAUACGGAGCACUUUCAGCUGUUCAGAACUAAACUGCCAAGCAGGAAGGGAGCUUUAGGCUAACGCCUUAGCUCUGCAGGCGACAUGGCGAGUGUAAGCAGCAGUAUAAGCAAGAAAUAUGGCCCUGAUCUGUUGGCCCUGGCCAAGCAGAUCGGGGUUGAUCCGCGCGACACCCGACUCAUGCUGCUUGUUGAGGACAUGUCUCGCCACGAGUCCAUGCCCUCGCGCUGGGUCGCCAAGUACGAGCCAGCGCAAAAGCGAUGGGCCUACACGCACACCCCCACGGGCGAGGUUACAUACUUGCAUCCCUGCAUCGACUACUACCGCGGGGCGCUCUUCAUGGACACGGGCGGCUACCGGCAGCUGCUCAAGAACAUGGAGGCUCGGCCGCCCACGGAUGACGAGAUUAGCCGUAUGAACCAGUAUUACGGCAUUCACGAAGACGAGGACAUGUACAUCCAGGAGGUUGGCCAGCUGGCCUGUGCAACCCCCCUGCCAGAAGGCUGGGUGGAGUUUGAAGACAAAGCAACGGGAAACAUUAUGUACAGGGACAAUCGUACGGCAGUGGAGUUGGACGAACAUCCAUUAGACUCGUACUUCCGUGAACUGAGAGACCGCCGACGGCGGGAGUUGGC